CUCAGAUGCUCAAGAGAGCUGCAGUUCAGAAGUGCAUGGGAUGUCACAGACCUUGGGCCUCUCUAGGUUUCACCACUCCUCUCCACCAUGAUCAACACUUACCAGACCAGCCUGGCUCCACCGCCGGUGCCUCCGCGCCUCGGCAGGUCCCACCAGGUCCUAAUCCCAGCUCCGCUUUCAGGCCACAGCAAGUCUCUCAUCCGGUUUUUGGUCGGUGCAGUGUUGCUGCAAUUAUUUCUGUCGGUCGGAGGAUUCAUCCUUCUGUACCACAAUGACCAAAUGCUUCUUUCACCUGAGAAAAAAGAAGCAAGAGCUGCUGCCCUCAUGUCAGAUAAGCAGGAAACUUCCGCCAAAGUUUUGGCACGCAUGUUUGUCAAGCGACCACAGACACCAGAUCAGAAAUCUAAAUCUGGUUAUCUCCAGUGGGACUGGGACCACUCAACUCUUAGGAACACCAGGCCCUUCAUCAAGAGCUGGCUGACUAUCCUGCAGUCAGGUGACUACUACGUCUACUCCAGGGUGACCUUCUCCAAGGGCGACCCUAAGGUCCCACUGGCCACCAGGGUGAUGCUGAGGAAGAGUGAGUCAGACAAGGAGGAGAAGGUUUUGAUGCAGGCCUACUGCAGCCUGGACAGCAGCGGUGAAAAUGCAUCAAUCUCUCACCCAUGCACAGCCACACAGGGAGAGGUGGUCACACUGGAGGAAGGAAAUCAGCUCGGUGUCUGGAUACAAGGCCUUUCACUGGUGGACUUUGAGGAAAGAGCCACAACCUUUGGGAUGUACAAACUGUAGGCCUCCCACAUGAGCACAGGCAUGGACCUAAGCUGGGCAGUGGGGACUCAUUACGUGGAUGGACUUGGAUUUAAAUCGACUAAGAACACUGUUAAAUAGACUGGACCAGUAACCAAACUAAUGGAUUGUGAUCUUUUUGGGUGGAUUUCAGAGACCACAUUCCCAAACUAUACUCCUAUAUUAUAUUUAUUAAAUCAGACAUAACGGUAUUAUUUUGUGCUAUUUUUUGUGUCAGUAUUGGGAAUGGUUGGUUUGUAUUUAUUAAUGUAAACAAGUUUGAAUGGCUGUGAAAUGAAACUUUGAUAUUUAAUCCGAAACAUUCCUCUCUUCUUCACUCUGUCCUGAAUGAGUCAGUUGGAAAGGAGAUCGAAGAGUUCAUUUGCAAAAACAGAUAAUUCUUAAAAAUUUGUGUGCUAGGAAAUUUGAUUGAUUUUCCUUUGAGUGCUCAUUAAAAAAACACAAUAUCUUGCUAAAACAAUCAAUCCAAGUUUUGACUGAUAUUUCUUUGCUCAAACACACACACAAAAACAUGAUUUAGCAAAAUAAAUAAACAGAAAUGUCUGUUUCUGCAAAUGAACCUUCAGACUAAAACAUCCAGACUCUGAGCAUCACAUAUUUGAUGUUAUAUGGUGUGCAUGUCCCAAUAUGGAGCAUAUCUGCAUCAGUAUUUUAGAUGUUGUACAGACAGUGUGUGCAGCCAAGUUUACAAAAAGUUAAAGUUCUAAAAAAAGCGUAAUUUAGUCAGAAUUACUCACAGGAGAUAGAUGAGGCCUGCAACGUUUGCUGUGAAGCCCAUAACCCUACUGCAUUUUCAUUCUAGCUCAGCCUGUACCACUUUGGUUUUAAUUUCUAGGACAGGAGCAACCACAUAGCACAGACGUAUUUUCUCAUGAAGCUAAACCACAAGUAACUGGGACCACUCAAGAUGUAGGUUACCACCUAUGCAGUGGUUUACUACGUCUCAGUACUGACGGUCAUUUUGAUGUAUGUAAAGAGACAUGUGCAUCAAACUGCAGGUUGUUUGCAGUGGCACAAGAGAGACCUUCUCUGUG